AUGAAACCAAAUAAAGUUGCUUUGCUUGAUAAAAAGGAAUCUAAGAAAACAAACAGGAAACUAGAGAAUUUUGAAGAGAACAAAGAUCUUGAUAGUAAAGAAAUUAUGUUUAUCCAUGAAGGCAGGAUAUUGAGAAUUAACCUAGAAACUCUUUCAAAAUCAGAAUCUCCACUUUAUAUUCAAGAAAGAAUUAGUCCUUUUAUCUCAAUGUGCAGACUACCAAAUAGCGAAGUUUUUUGCUAUGGAAAUGGGUCUGGAUUUACAUUUACUUUUAACUCACAGGGAUCUUUUAGACAAUUAUGAUAUGGCAGACCUUAUUAUGAUUCUGGCUGCGUCUAUUAUAAUGGUAAUGUGUAUGCGUUUGGAGGAUCAUCAGGGUAUAGAGUAGUCAAUAGAGCAUACAAAUUUAGCUUAUCCAAAAAUCAGUGAAGCAGGCUUGCAAAUAUGCCAGCUGAGUUUAUGCUUUGCUCAUGUGCAGUUCUGCAACACUUACUUAGCUACUUAGAUAUUUAAAAUGUCUUCCCUCUUCAGCAGGAUGAUUUAGGCAUGGAUAAGCCCAUCCUUUUAACUCCUAAUUGGUGAUGUCAGCAGCCAUCCUUCUAGCAGGUAUUUCAGAAACGCACCUGUCAGGCCAGAUGGUCAGCACUGGUCACGUUGUCUAGCCUGAACUUGACUCCUGCGCGUGUUCCGCCUAAAGGUCACCCUCAUCAGGUGUAUCAAGCAGAAAAACUAUAUGUCUUACACUAUGCGGUAGUCCAUAUUGAUGUUGCGGAUAAAGGCUUACGUGGAAAACUGAACCCCAUAAUAAUAGCGAAGGAAUUCCGCACUGAGCCCAUUUUAUUAUUAUGCAGUUCUGCAACACAAAAUUAUAAUUUCAUGCAGCGAUGGCUCACGUGUUUAUGACCCUGAAAUAGAUUCUUAUACAGAAUUAUCACCGAGUUCGCAAAUCAAUGGUCUAGUCGUGUAUGUUAUUAGAAAUAGAGGAUAUAUUUUUGGUUCAGGAGGGAAGAUAUAUGAAAGUGGAGUUAAGAUUAAGAUUAUACGGCCAUAAGCAGGACUCCCACUAAAUGGACUAUCUUAGCUCCAAGAAAGUUGGCCUUCGCUGGGUGCAUAUACACGGAGUGCAAAUGGUGUAAGGCCUAAUCCAAAUUUCACCCUCUUGAAGUUUCUGAAGAACACCUAAGCUAAAGAUAAGCUCCCUAGGUUAGAGCGACCUUCUGUAGGGUAUCCCGAUAGUCCCGAUAGACGAAGACUAUGAGAGGCAAAAUCUGUUAGCCCACCUUGCAGGAACUACGGAAAGUCUUCGGGGGAGAAACAAAGCUUCUCUCUUUAGUAACUAACUAACUAAAAUUUAAUUUAUGGCCAUAAGACCUUCAAGUCUGCCUUUCCCACAAUUCUCUCUCUUUAGUAAGGCCUCCCCAAAACCUGAAGACCUCCUUCAAAAAGAGAUAAAAGCCCUGUUUUCAGCAACACCAGGAUGGGUCUGACCUGUCAUAGAAAGGUGUCACCUCGGACUCCUAUUUCCGUCAACUUCACCAUUUAUUUCUCUAACUCCCCCCCCCCCUCCGUGAGCGAACAAAACCAUUAGAAAAAUCGCCAUUUUUUGACCAAAAACCCACCCUCCGUGAGUGAACAAAAAUUUUUUUAAUAGAAAAAAUUUUUAAUGGAAAAAAAAUUUUGAUAUAUAAGUGAUAAUUAGUAUAAUGAAAUCUAGAGCUAAUUCUGUUUAAUUUUAAACAAAUUGCGUUUUAAAACAUAAAUUUUUGCAAAUUAAAUUAAUAUUUGCUUCCCAAUUUUUGCAAAUUAGGAUUUUUUAAAAUUUCGAAAAAAAAAUAUUUUUUUUUAAAAAAUUUAUAUAUAAAAUUUUUUUUAAAAAAACAAAUUAAACCCCCCUCCGUGAGCGAACAAAAUUUUUUUUUUGUUCGCUCACGGAGGGGGGGGGAGUAAGUGAAGUUAGGAAUCCUUACAACUGAGAGCUCUCGGGAAAUGUGACUCCAUUGAAAAACACGCCAUUUGGUUACUUUGGACACUAUAAAGAUGCCUUUUAUUUUUUAUUGAGGGAUUUUUGCCUUUAUAAAUUUGAUAUACAAAAUAGGCAUUUCAGUAAAGUCGCGAGUUUUUCAGAAUAA